AUGAUCAUUCUCGCACUGCUCUCCAUUGGGGUCAUCUCUGUUGCUUUCGUCGUUCCUGCCGCUGUUGAAGAGUACGCUAAGGAAGCCGCCGUUCUUGAGCCCACCAAUUUGUCACUCGAGUCUAUCACUGCUGAUGGCUUGCGCGCGCGUAUUCAAGCCAACUUUCGACUGGAUGGAUCGAGGGUCAAGAAUGAUUACGUUAGACGCGUGGGGAGAGUUGCUACCUGGGUCGUGCGGGGGCUGGGGACUGAGAAGACAAAGAUCAGUGUGUAUCUUCCCGAGUAUGACAAUACGUUGCUGGGCACCGCGGCUGUUCCACCCCUGGCCAUUAGCAUCGUGGACGGUCAUAAUACUGCCGUUGACUUUGUCGCCGAUCUCGUCCCCGGAGACGCGGAGGGUAUUCGAGCAAUUGCAAACGAGUGGCUAGAGGGAAGACUCGGGACACUCCGUGUGCAUGGCAUCGCCGACAUACAGAUCAAGUCAGGCAUCAUUCCCCUCGGCACACAUACCGUGUCCGAGUAUCUGACAUUUGAAGCCAAGAAAUUGCCCGAAGUUCCUGAAUACAACAUCACCAAGGUCAACUUCCGCGAGACUCCUAUCCCCGGUGUUGACAAAAAGGCUAUGGCCGCCGACAUUUCUCUUACAGCAUUCAACAAGUACCCGAUCCAGGUAGACGUCCCUGAGCUGGGCUUCGAAGUUCUCGUACCAGAUUGUGGGCAGUCAGACCCCUAUAUCCUUGUUGCUGAUGCUGUCACUCGUCCCGUCACCAUCCGGCCCCAGUCCGAUGUCGUUCUCGAUGUCCAGGGUCUGGUCCGAGAAUUGCCCGAGUCAUUAACACGAGAGUGUCCUGAUUCGAAAUCAUCUCCUUUGGAUCUUCUCCUCAAGCAGUACCUCGGUGGUGAGGCGGCUACUGUGUUCGUGCGUGGGAAAAAGCAAAGUGAUUCUGAGACACCGGACUGGCUGGGUGAGAUCUUGGCCAGCGUCACGGUUCCCGUACCUUUCCCCGGCCGGACAUUCGACAAUCUCAUCCGGAAUUUCUCUCUAGCCGAUGUUCAUUUCACAAUGCCGAACCCUCUCGCGGAUCCUGAUGACCCUGAUGCGAACCCUACAGUCUCUGGAGAGAUCCAAGUUAUUGCAACUUUACCUUCUGAAAUGAAUUUUGAAAUCAACGUGACUGGCAUCAGAGCCUCCUCCGAUGUCUUUUAUCGUGGCAAAAAGUUAGGCGAGCUCAACUUGCGGCGCUUUCAAGCGGCCAACACAACAAAGCUACCAGCUACCGACGAGCACGAGGCAGAGCUGAUGAUUCAAUCGCGUAUCAAAAAUGCGCCUCUCAACGUGACGGAUAGCGACGUUCUAACGGAUGUGAUCCAAGCGAUGUUAUUCGGCGGAAAGAAGCUCAUUCUAGACAUCAAGGCUCGCGUAGAUGUCAAGGUCCAAACCGUCCUCGGACAGCUUGUCUUGAAGGAUGUUCCCACAGAGGGAAAAAUCCCAUUAAAACCUCUUCCACGACAGACCAUUGGCAGCUUGCAACCGGAGGUCGGUGCAAUCGAGAUACUUGACACUGCCUAUAAGUCGAUAACCUUGCAAGCCCGCGUAAACAUCACAAACCCUACACCAUACACCGCUCACAUCCCCGCCUUCAGCAUACACGUUCUUAGCAACGGCUCUCUUGUUGGCGCAGCCACCGCCGAGAACUUAGAUGUCAUCAAAGGCAAAAACACCAAUCUGCUUAUCACUGCAAAGUGGAAUCCAUCAAUGGGGGGCGAUCGAGGCGAGGAACUAGGCCGAGAGCUCUUAUCACAGUAUAUCUCAGGCCUCAACACGUCCCUCACACUUCGUGCCCAUAGGGAUAGCAUACCCGGCCAGCCGCUUCUCGGAGAGGCUCUAUCGAAACUAAAUCUCACGGUUGUGGCACCUAAAUUACACGUUCCAGGAGGCGACGAAAGUGAAAAGGGACACUUUAUCCGCGAAGCAACAUUCCAUAUUUUCUCUUCAUCGGCAACAUUCACGCUAGUGUCGCCUUUGCAGCACAAUACGCUGUAUAUAGAGCAUAUAAAUGCCACGGCAUUCUACAACCGUACCGAAUCUGUCGGCAAAAUUCUGUACGAAUAUCCGUUUGCUGCACCACCGGGAGAGUCCCAGACGCCAAGGCUGCCAGUGGAGUGGUCACUUGGAUCAGAUGGUUAUGAGAAAGUCAGAAAGGCGCUCGGCGGGCAAUUAAAGCUGGACGCUGCGGCUGUGGUAGGAGUAAGGCUGGGCAACUGGAAAGAAACUGUAUGGUAUGAGGGCAGGGGUAUUGGUGCCAAGGUGAGGCUAUGA